AAAACAAAAAAAAAGCACACACUUUAGCUUCAAAGUCUACACUACACUCUCUCUUAAUAAUCUAUCAACACUAUUCUAAUACUAAUAAUUACCAGAUUUAGUUUCUUUAUAUAAACAUUAUCACCUCACAAUCUCACACUUUUUUUCCCUUUUCAAAAAUCUCAAACCAAAUCUCACAAUCUCCCGCAUUUGGAUGUGAAGUGAGCGACUCAGAUCGGACAAUAUGGCGGAGGUUUCCGGCGACGGAGUAGGAGGAGGAGGAGCUUUGUUUAACACUUCAGCUGAAAUGAACGGCGGUAAUGGAAAUACGCCGUCGUCUUCUUCUCAGCAAGUACUGACGGUGUCGGGAUCGUUUAAAGAAGGACCUAAAAGCUCGUCUCGGAGGAGGACUUCAGUUAGACCUAGCUUUGACGCUGCUGAUAAUGACUUCAUGACGAUGCUUCACGGCUCCGAUCCGGUUAAAGUUGAACUUAAUCGCCUUGAAAAUGAAGUUAGAGAUAAGGAUAGGGAGUUAGGAGAAGCUCAAACUGAGAUUAGAGCCUUGAGAUUAUCCGACCGCCAAAGAGAAAAAGCCGUUGAAGAGCUCACUGAGGAACUCUCGAAAGUGGAUGAAAAGCUCAAGUUAACAGAAUCUCUUCUAGAAAGCAAAAAUCUUGAGAUCAAGAAAAUCAAUGAUGAGAAGAAGGCUUCCAUGGCGGCUCAGUUUGCAGCUGAAGCAACUCUUCGAAGGGUUCAUGCUGCUCAAAAGGAUGAUGACAUGCCUCCAAUAGAAGCCAUUCUUGCACCUUUGGAGGCUGAGCUCAAGCUUGCUCGCCUAGAGAUUGCAAAGCUUCAGGAUGAUAACAAAGCAUUGGAUCGUCUGACUAAAUCAAAAGAAGCUGCUUUACUUGAAGCUGAGAGGACUGUCCAAAUUGCUCUGGCUAAGGCCUCUAUGGUAGAUGAUCUUCAAAAUAAGAACCAAGAGCUAAUGAAGCAGAUAGAAAUUUGUCAGGAAGAAAAUAAAAUUUUAGACAAAAUGCACAGACAAAAGGUUGCGGAGGUUGAAAAGCUUACUCAGACUGUUAGAGAACUUGAAGAGGCUGUUCUUGCUGGUGGUGCAGCGGCUAAUGCUGUCAGAGAUUAUCAGCGGAAAGUUCAAGAGAUGAAUGAGGAAAGAAAGACUCUUGACCGUGAGCUGGCUCGUGCAAAGGUAACAGCAAACAGAGUGGCUACAGUGGUAGCAAAUGAAUGGAAAGAUGCAAAUGACAAAGUCAUGCCCGUAAAACAAUGGCUCGAAGAGAGGAGAUUUUUGCAGGGAGAAAUGCAACAAUUACGCGACAAGCUUGCCAUAACCGACAGAGCUGCAAAGUCUGAAGCACAGUUGAAAGAGAAAUAUCAUUUGAGACUCAAAGUGCUUGAAGAAAGCUUGAGAGGGUCUUCAAGUACUAACCGUAGUACACCAGAGGGAAGGAGUGUAAGCAAUGGGACUUCACGUCGUCAAUCCCUAGGUGGGGCUGACAACUUUUCAAAAUUGACAUCCAAUGGCUUUUUGUCCAAGAGAACACCAACAUCGCAGAUGAGAUCUUCCUCACAUUCAGUGCUGAAGAAUGCUAAAGGAACAUCUAAAUCAUUUGACGGAGGCACAAGAUCAUUGGACAGGGGUAGCAGAGUGCUCUUAAAUGGCUCUAGUCCUAACUGUUCAUUCAACCAACCUUGUGAUGUGACUAAGGAUGCGGAGGCAACUAAUACGUGGAAAGGAAAUUCUGACGAGAAGCCCAUUGAGUUCCCAACAACAGAAACAGAGGAUACUGUUCCAGGGGUACUGUAUGAUUUGCUACAGAAAGAGGUUAUUGCUUUGAGGAAGGCUGGUCAUGAAAAGGAUCAAGGCCUCAAAGACAAGGAUGAUGCAAUCGAGAUGUUAGCAAAGAAGGUAGAAACAUUAACUAAAGCAAUGGAAGUUGAGGCAAAGAAGAUGAGAAGAGAAGUGGCUGCUAUGGAGAAGGAAGUUUCUGCCAUGCGAGUAGACAAAGAACAUGAGAAUAGGGCAAAGCGGUUUGGUAGUUCGAAAGGGCCUCUUAGCGCUGCUCAGUUGCUUCCUGGAAGAACUAUUUCACGUGGCGGGUUAACACGCAGCACCCAAUGACAGUAAUUUCCACGACAAAUCAGCGAGGCACCAAGCUGCAUAGACCUGGCUCUUUAGUUCAUUUGAUAUUUUUUAUUUUUCACCUUUCACCUGUGAUUGAUUUAAAGACGUAACAUGCAUGCAGAUAAUCUAUUUUACAUUGUAAGUGGCUAAGGAAAGUAAACUCAGGAAAUAGUAUCAGACGAAAGGAAAUUCGGAUCCGAAAUUGGCAUGCUUCUGACAUAGAUUGCCGUUCCUCUGCUUAGUGUUCAGCAGAAAGAACAUAAACGAUAGGAAAAGGAAGAAAUUGACUACGGGCUAACCUUUUGAAUGGGCAGUUGGUUGUGUGGUUGUAUAGGUAGCUUUCGGGUUUUGUGUUCGUACGUGUUACCAUUUUGCGGUUUAAAUUUGUAUUUUGCAGCUAGUGUGAUUGUGUUUGUUAAUAUAUCUUUGUAAUCAGAUCAAAUACAGAUCUUUGUGGUUGUGUUAUUCUUCUAUAGAUUAUUGUUGGUUAUAAAUUUAUGGCCAAGUGAUUAA